UAGCUUAGCUCAUUUAAACUCUCAGAAGUGUGUCAGCGUUUCUUUGUGGGGCUGUGUAUGAAGCAGAAGACGGACUGAACUGUCGCAGUCCGAACUGGACACAUUCUCGACUGGAAGUACCGACUGGCGUCUAAUUAAGAAGACGGAGAAAGUCGUAUGGUCACAUAAACUGUUGGAGAAGAUGAAGUAUGUGUAAGGAGGUAAAGCUGGGAUAUAGCUGCCUGCCACCCGACGAAGCUCUCCUGUUCACCCCGGUUUAUCUAUAAGUUGUAUUUCCAGUAUAAUGGAUGCCGAGGGAGCCACUCGUUAUCCGGAAGCAGAGAGUUUUUGGCAUGCGUCGCAGAAAUCUGCAGAUCUGGAUCACAGGACGAGGGAUGCAGAGAGCUGGAGGCCGGUGCAUGUGUUUCUGUCGGGAGGCGCACCGUGGGGGUUUACGCUCAGAGGAGGGCUGGAGCAUCGGGAGCCUCUGCUCAUAACAAAGGUUGAGGAAGGCAGCAAGGCAGCAGCUGUGAGUCUGCAGGUGGGAGACGAGCUCGUCAACAUCAACGAGGUUCCCCUGAGUGGCUACAGACAGGAGGCGAUCUGCCUUGUCAAAGGCUCCCACAAGACCCUCAGUCUAGUAGUGAAAAGACGGAGUGAACCCAUAAGCAGGCCUCACUCCUGGCACUCUACCAAGUUCAAUGAAAGCCAAUCAGAAGCUGGCAGAAGACAGUCCCCGCCCACCACAGUGUGGCACCCCAGAUAUGAUGCAAGCUCCAGCUCAUCAAUUACAGAUCUCUCCUCUAGCUGGGAGCAGACAAACCUGCGCAGAGUGUCCGACCAGUUCAGCUCUCUUGGCAGCGUGGACAGUCUAGAACAUGGUCACAUGUCUCCUGCUAAGUCAAACAACAGCAUGGAGCAACUCGGAGGAGGGAAACGAGACUCUGCCUACAGCUCUUUCUCAACCAGCUCAAGCACUCCAGACUAUUCUCUCUCAAAAAGCAAUGCAGCCUCGACAGAGAACGUGGCCUAUAAGGUCGGUCAGUGGGAUGCAGGAGCAAAGCACAGCAAUGGCAGAAACAGCCAGAGUCUGGCUGCUGAGGGAGGCAGACAGGAUGAAAGACUUACAUAUUUUCAGAUGCCAGGAGUUAACUCAGGACACGGUGGCCCACAAGUUGAGGAUUUGCCUGGGUCCCGGCACUCUUCUUCCAGCAGACAUGUCUUUGGACCUGUGUGGAAUGUCCCUGAGAAAAAGAAGACUGUUUCAGCCUCUCCCCCUCCUCCGCUUCCGCCUGCACGUAGCGAUAGCUUUGCUGCAACCAAGGCACACGAGAGAGGGAAGGUUAAAACUCACCCAGAAGGACCUGAUUCACACCUGGCCUGUAAGGUUUCUGCUGAAAACCGUCACAGUCACAACAUUUCUCCAAAGAAUGAUAGUGAAAAUGUUUAUGGUGCAUCUGAUAAAUGCAGCCAUACCCAAUAUAGCUCCAACAAGCAGUAUUCCCCCUACAGCGCUGAUGUUGGGCAACAACAAGCUCCCCUUGCUAGCCAGCUCUCCCAUCCGAGACAGCAUAGUGACAAAAGCACUUUCCAGCCUCAACCCUGGUCUGUAUCCGUACCAAAGCAACAAAGUGUAGGUGGGUACCACAGCAGCUCGCAGGAACCUCCCACUAAUGGUUCUGCUCAACACUCGACCCAGCACCAGAGACGAAGUCUAAGCAGCUCGCUGUCUUCUGCAGCUACUGACCAAACCACAGAGGUCACUGGACCAAGCCGAUAUUACUGCGUCACCACAUCCAAUCUGCCUAACGCCUCACCUUGGUCUGAUGCACCAAAUGACCGGAGGAGCGGUACCGGUACAGAUCUACCACAGGCUGGAAUGGUCACCAAAGUCAAAUAUCAUCUUCAUCAACAACAUCAACACCCCUCUCACAACAAAGACAGCAAUGCCUACAGCAAGCACCAAGUGACGACUGUUCCAGAAACUUCUGUACUCCAACACUUCUGUGACGAUAGGGAAAGCCAUAGAGGUCACAGUACACAAAUGGCAGACCCUCUGUACGUCAAUAACUUUCCUAGGAGGCAGCCUGAGCAAAGACGGUCUCUGCCAGCUGAGCUCAAAGACACUCACCAAGACAUUAGACUUCAAACUCAUGUUAGCAACAAGAUCUGCCCUCAGACAACUCCAAUGCUCCACUCUCUGUCCAUGGAUGCAGGAGGUCAAGAGGAGAAAAUCAGUGACCCAAACUCUGAGGAGUACUUUGAAAGCAACCAGGUAAAACGCAGUGAGCGGUUUGCCACCACACUGAGAAAUGAAAUCCAGAUGAGAAGAGCAAAGCUGCAGAAAAGCAAGAGUGCUGCUGCUCUCCCUGGGGCUCAAUUUGAAGCAGACGAGCAAAAUUCUUGGAAAUCUACUGAAAUUUCCACCCCAGCUUCUGCAGAUUACAAAGAUCAUGUAAAGGAAGCUCAAGCCAGGGUGCUCAAGGCGACCUCUUUCAUGAGGAGAGAUCUGGAGCCUGUUUUGGUGGACCAUGCUACCAAUGAGGUCCAAUCUAACUACCAGGCUCGCAAAGAUGGAAGUGCUCUGGCAACGGUCACGGAGUCGGGAACAAAUCAUUCCAUGGGUCACGUAACUCGCAUUGGAUCCCGAAAGCGUUUCCCUACAGAAAGGAAGGUUCGGUCUUAUUCUGAACCAGACAAAAUCUAUGAGGUAGGGGUUAGUGAAGUCCCAGCUCUUGAUAAAAACACAAACUCUUCAUUUGACCAACAAAAACUCUUAAAUGAAACUGUGAAACAAGGAUUUCCUGAUUACAUGCCGCCUAAAAGCCAAUUGAAGUAUCAAGGCAAAGAUCAGGCUUCUAGCUGUGCAACAGAAACCACAAAGAAGGAAAUGAAGAGCACUAAGGUUUCUUAUUCUUCACCAUCCUUCCAAGACAAGCAAAGACUCGGAACAUUCGCUGAGUAUGAAGCAAGUUGGAAAAUACAGAGACAGCAUCCAGAGAAAAAAGCCUCUGGACGGUAUCAUUCGGCCGAGAACAUCCUAGAUCCUGGACCAGAGGACCGGACCCAGAGGACGUGUUUCCAUGAGAGAUCCAGAUCAUCGCCCUCAGCAGACAUAUACGGCCAGAAGAUUCCAAAGCCCAACACAGGAGAUUCCAAGAAGAGUGAACCUACUGAAAAGCUCUUCGCAGACACAAGGUUCUCCAGCAGCAGUCCAGGUGACUGCAGAGUGGGAGAGAAGCCAGCAGAGAUUGGGAAUGACUCAGCACCACCCCCUGCACUCAUGACAGGAGCCAAUCCUGACUGCAGACAGAAGUCUACUGCUGCUGCCACCAAGAACCACAAGUCUGUUUCUCCCAGUCCCACAGAGUCUUCCCACACUCAAGAAAUCCACUUCACCGGCUUGCAGAGCGAACACGACGUCCUCGCCCAGCGCUCUUCAAACUUCGAACCGAACCUCACUUUUUGUCCCAGUUCCUCUGCAAAGGCCGACUCUGAGCAGGGCGAGGGACUCGUGGACAAAGGACAAGAGGCAGUACAUCAUCCAUCAACAUCCAAUCCCCAGCCUGCCUCCUCUCCCCCGGCUUCUUCCUACAGACCCUCUGGGCUUUUCAGCAUGGAGGGGCAGCGCUCUCCUUCUCCACAGUUCUCUCCACAGAGACUCAGCGACAAGCCUCCGGUCUCUCUGCACGACGACGAAUCCCACAGGGUGGAGCACUUGAUGGAAACCCAGAAUACAACAGUGAGGAAAGUUCCCAUCAGGAUUGUGCACUCGAAGGGAAGUGAGGAGCAGGAGAACUCUCCGUUUCUCCAGCAGAGCGACGUUCCUCACGGCGAGGCCGAGUGCCGGAGCGUGGCCGGGUUUGGCACUCCGCCGGCUCUGGGACAGGACUCCGUUUUCUGCGCCUUUACCCGACAGAGGGAGCCCGAAACCCCGGCGGGUACCGAGACACAGCAAGCUGGCCAGAGUAACCCCUACAUGACCACGGUGGGAGAUCAUCCGAGCUCCAACUUGGAGGAGCCCGGCAGCAAGACGGAAAGCACGGAGUUGAGCGAGGAGGAGGACCAGAAGAGAAAUGAGCUGGCAAGGGACAUCAUGGGGAAGGACAAGUCACUCGCUGAUAUUCUGGAUCAGAGCAAGAUGAGAACCACCAUGGACUUGAUGGAGGGGAUCUUCCCUCAGGAGGAGCAGCUGUUGGACGGAGCCCACCAGCGCAGGAAGGUGCAGAUGAAGCAGAGCAACCCAAACCGGUCCGUUGAGGAGAGGGAGAAAGGGGACAACAUGGCGGCGGCCAUCACUAUGGUGACCAAUUCAACGUACUACAGCACCUCUGCUCCCAAAGCCGAACUCCUGAUCAAAAUGAAGGACAUGCAGGACGAGGAGGAAGACUCCGAGGACGAACUGGACAUUGGUUUGAACAAUAAAAAGCAAGAGCUGAUCGACAGCCUCAGCAAAAAGCUGCAGGUGCUGCGAGAAGCCAAAGAGAGCCUUCUGGAGGACAUCCUGGACAACAACGCGCUGGGAGACGAGGUGGAGGCCCGCGUCCAGCAGGUGUGCCGGCCCAACGAGCUGGAGAAGUUCCGCAUGUUCGUCGGAGAUUUGGACAAGGUGGUGAGCCUGCUGCUGUCCCUGUCAGGCCGCCUGGCCAGGGUGGAGAACGCCCUCAACAACCUGGAGGAGGACGCUACGCCCGAGGAAAGGCGCACGUUGAUCGAGAAGAGGAAGCUUUUGAUCCGGCAACACGAGGACGCCAAGGAGCUGAAGGAGAACCUGGACCGUAGGGAGGGCGUGGUCUGUGACAUCCUGGCCAACUACCUGCCAGAGGACAGCCUCGCGGACUACGAACACUUUGUGAAGAUGAAGUCGGCGCUCAUCAUUGAGCAGCGAAAGCUCGAGGAUAAAAUCAAACUUGGCGAGGAGCAGCUCAAGUGUCUGAUAGACAGUCUGCCCAUAGAGCAAAGACUGGCCAUGUGAUUAAAAACAAAGACGAGGCAAAAAAGGAUGGUGGUCAUUUAAAAAAAAAUAUAUAUAUAUAUAUCAGCUAUGAAAAGUUUCGUCUUGUACGUUCAGGCGUCGGUUCAGUCCUGUCACCAGCAGAGGGAGACAGAGAUCAGAACCUGCAUUUGAAAAGCCAGUCCGGAACAAAGGAGUAGUGUUCUGUUUGCCACUUCACCUUUUCCCUGUACCGUUUUGGACCGGACUGCAUCGUCGGCACCGUUUGGACUGAAUUCCUCUCCACCAACCACUAUACCCAUUUUUCUGAACAGCAUUUUUACUUUUUGUUUUCCUAGUAAUUUAUUGUAGCCUUUUGAAUCUGUAAAGAAAAGAGGCAGGUGGGAGAGGAGAAUUUUGUCGUCCGUUAAUCUGAGCAGCCAUGCUACCUGAUGCGUGUUACAGUAUUUAUCGUGUUCUGAGUUUUUUUGGUUUUUUUUGUCAUGUGAUCUAUUAAAAAAUCCACAUAUUUCAGGUAACUUUAAUGCAACUUUAGCAGAUAAACUAGGAGCCUUUUCAGCCGAGUUCUUGUGGCCUUGCUUUCCUCUCUUCACACGGCGCCACCGAACAGAAGGAGCAUCCGAUUCAGACUUGAAGUAAAUAUCCUGUUUGCAGUGGAAAACGUCACUAUCAUCACCUUCACUCGCUGCUGUUCUUUUUAUUUCACAUCAACAACAUGUUUAUUGAUUAUUACCACAUAUAUAUUCUGACCAAGUGUUUCUAUAAUGUUUUAUGACUUCACUGUGUUUUGUUACGCACAGUGUAGAAACUGAAUGCACAAUUGCAGUUGUUACUUGAAUAGUACUAUAAGAAGUUGUUUAGGUGGAGCCAAAAAUCGCAAAGUAAUUCGACCGUUCAGACUUUAAAACUGUGUGGCUUUUUAUGGGUUAAAUCAAGCUGCUGGAUGUUUGCUUUGCAGGCGCACACUUUGCUGCAGUUUUACACACUUCCAUGCACCACUGCAUCCUGACACUAAACACUUCAUCAGCUGUGCUCCCUCAUAUAAAAUAAAGAGUCUGCUGAAAUCA